AUGUCGCUUUUCAAUGGCCAGUCGACCGGUCCGCCUCCCAUAUCGCAAUACUCAGUCAACAAUAAAGGCUUAAAUCCUCUGGAUGAUGGGUCGGCGCGCAACUCCAAUAUGUCAGUGUUGAUGCCUGAGGCAUCCAUUGAUGUUGAGGAAGAGAACCGUCGCGCUCUUUUCGCAGAGUUGUAUCAUCAAACCGAAGAUCGGAUCUCUCUGAUAUUUGGGGAUGAUGGGGGGUAUAACCGCGACGCGAUUCGUGCCCUCACACGCGCGUCUGCAUCUGGCAGUGCGACCACCCCCGCCGUUCUACCUCCGACCACCGAUCACGAGCCGAUAAAGGAGCCACCUUUGAAGAAGGCGAAGAGAACCAUCGAUGAAGAUGACUACGACGAUGACGAUGAGGAGGAGGAUGAACAACCCCAACCAACCUCCAUAAAAUCCCAAAAUGCUGCCGCCGCCAGCUCGCUCCUUUCUCCAUCGAAAUCCGGAUCCUCCCCUGUUCAGUCGGUUAAUUCGCCAGACAAGCGAAUAGACAAGAUUAAGGGGCAGGAUGGCUUAUCCGAUCGGGGGAAACCCGCAGACGAAAGUAACAAGUCGCUAGAGGAAACACAAAAGGCGAUCGAGGAGGCCGCAAGGAAAACCUUCCACACGAUCAUAUACCCCUUGGAGAAUGACCGGGCGGCUAUGCUCGAGCAGCAAAGGCUCGAGGACACCGAGAAACAACUUCAAGCAGAAAUGGAUCAUAACGGCCAUACAUCUGGGGGUCAGCAAGCCAGCAACCAAGGGACUCUGAGUAGCGCCAAUCUAGGCGCUUCUAGUUUGACUUUGAAGCAUCUCAUCGCGAGGAUUGAUGCCAAAAGAGAUCAGGUCGCAGCUUCUGAUGCUGAACUUAGGCUUUUAAUGAAUGAGGUCAGGAAAAAUCGGAGCAAGUGGGCGAGUGAAGAAAACGUCAAUCAGGAGGAGCUGUACGAGGCUCUAGAAAAGGUCUUGACAGAGUUAAAAGCUCAUACCGAGUACUCAACCCCCUUCCUCACCAAAGUCAGCAAAAGAGAAGCGCCGAACUACAGCGAUUUUGUCAAAAAUCCUAUGGACAUGGGCACGAUGACGAAAAAGCUCAAGUCGCUGACUUACAAAUCUAAAGCCGAAUUUGUGACUGACCUCAACUUGAUAUGGGAUAACUGUCUCAAGUACAACCGAGAUAUGAACAGCCCACUACGGAGGAUGGCCAAUGGCAUGAGAAAGGAGGCUGAUAAACUCAUUCCCUUGAUUCCUGAUCUCGUCGUACGGUCCCGUGCAGAGGUAGAAGCCGAGGAACGCCGCAAACACAACGGUGGCGAGGAUGACGCUGGUGACGAUUCAGACGAUGAGCCGAUAAUGUCAUCGCGUGGCCGGAAGACGGGCACCAAAGGCGCCAAUAAGUCUCGGAAAGCUCCCAACGACAAGAAAGAAGACACCCCGGCAAUCGAUCAAAAGCCAAUCCUUCAAGUCAAUGGGAUUCUAGGGAAACAUGGCCGGGAAGAUUCUGAAGCCUUUGACGGUAGCAACGGAUUCUCGACACCAGUUGGCCGGUCAAAUACUCCAGGGAUGCCUAACGGUGUCUCGAAUAUGGGGAGUAAUGCUGACGCCAUAGAUGUUGACGGCUCAACGCUCAGUGGGAUGGCCUUGAACCAGGCUUUCGGCGAGGCGGCUGAACAAGCAUUCGAAAGUGAGGAGUAUAAAAUAUGGAAGCAAACCACGAAAAAAGAUCGCGCCCUGGUAGCCAAAGAAAGGAACCUCCUAUUCAAAGAGAACAAGCUGAAUGCCGAGGCCUCGGCAGCUCUUCGCACAAAGGCCGCCAUGCGACGUUUCUUAAAACAUCAAGUAGAAGCGGAAUCCCAAGCCACGGGGGCAGAUUUGGAUUCGGAUGCCCAUGCUGCUCCAGUUCAAGAUUCGGCAAACAAACCUUCCGAGACUCUGGCGGAAGGUAUUGCUGAGGAGGUGGAGAGAGUCCUUCCAGAUUACUACGACACUCUAAGCAAUAUCCCCGAUAUCGAGCCGAAAUUCCGCUGGAUUGAGGAUGGAGAGGGUCAUGUAAUCAAUCAACAUGAAGAUUUUCUUCAUACCGUGACGCCGGGUUCAUUUGUGGCCCCGCAUAGUCGCCUGGCAAAGAAGAUCGACAACAAUAUCCACCAAAUUCAGGAGACAAGGAAGCUUUCUAGCAAGAUUUCGGUCAUCAAACAGAUGCAGGUGCAGACGCAGGUGUAUGCAAACCAAUUCCCGAAAUCCAACCAUGAGCCCUUCAUCGAGCAGGAUAUUGAACCGCACUUCAUUUCUGAUAAUGGCCCGGUGAUGGCAUCAGAUACUUGCCAGAUCGCCCUGAAGCGGUCUAUCACCAAAAUUCUUUACCACGCUGGAUUUGAAGAGACGCAGCCUUCAGCCGUCGAUGCUUUCACUAGUAUCGCCGCCGACUACUUUCAGAAACUCGUCAAGACCUUCAACGUCUAUCAAAAUGUAGAAAAGAAGGCAGUACAGACACCUUCAGGCGUCCAGAUUCAAUCAAGAUUCACGCCUGAAGAAAUAAUGCUGCAUACUCUAGAUGAGAACGGUUUUGAUGUCGUCACUCUAGACACUUACAUCAAGGACGAGCUCGACCGUCAUAGCAGCAAGCUCGGGGCACUUCACGAUAGGAUGAAGGUCCAUCUCACUGACCUUCUGCGCCCAGCGCUUGCAGGAGAAACCGGUAACGACGGUGUCGGGGCAUUUAAGGAUGGGGCCGACACAUUCGUUAGUGGCGAUUUUGCGGACGAUCUUGGUGAAGACUUCUUUGGUUUCAAAGCGCUUGGAUUGGAUCAGGAACUGGGCGGAGCCCUGGGUGUUCCAUUCCACCUCCUCCAAUCCAGGGUACGGAAUCAAUAUCAAAUGCAGACGCAGACCUCUGGUUCCACGACUGCCGAUCUCUUUUCUGCCCUCGAUCCCCUUGAGGCUGUCACCCGAGAGAACAUUCAAGACCAGAUUGGACUGGUCAAGAACUUCUUCUUGGCCAAGCUACACGCUAACGGCGAUCAGCCCCUGGUCGAAGACGAAGACUUGCCAGUCAAGCAGAGGAAACCACGCCCACGACUUGGCGCGAGUGGUAAAAUCGUGUCGGCCCAAAAGAGGCCACCCAAAGAGCAGCUGGCUCUCGCCAAGAAGAAGAAGAAGAUGGAAGCCGCUGCCGCAGAAGCCAAAUUAAAUGCGGCUGCUCUUGAAAAGGCCGGCUCGGUCAACAAUACUCCAUCUAAGAAAAAAUCACUGAGCAUGCCGAACGGAGCAGCUCCCAACCCUGCUGUCCUUGCACUAGCCCCCGCCAUGGAGCGUGCGGACAGCACCCAGAGCCAGGGCGGCACCAGCCAGACCGACAAGGAAGAGGGCAUGGGCAUGAUGAGCCCAGAAAGCAUCGCCCCUUGA